AUGAAUGAAUUACCAGAUGAUCUUGUACUUUCACCACAACCAUUAAUUGGUUUAAUUGGAUGUCAAUCAUUACAUUCACAAAUUAUUGAUUGUUUAUCAACAAAGAAUGUAACAGAUUUUGAAAGGAUUCAUCCAACAACACCAUCAAAUAAUAAUACACCAAUUUUAACAUCAACUAUUGGUGGUGAUAAUAGAAGGAAUAGUGGUCAAUAUUCAUCAUCACCAUCAAUUGAUCCAUUUUCAAUUUUACAUAACAAUAACAAUAAUAAUACUUCAAAUUAUAGUAAUAGUCCAUCAUCACUAUCAAAUCAAUUGGGUGAAUUAUCAUUACAACAAAAAUCAUUAUCACAAUUUGAUGAAUUAUGGAAAUCACCAACUCAAAAAGUUGGUACACCAAUUUUAACAUCAGCAGCAACAGGUGGUGAAGCAGGUGGAUGGAGAUUUCAAAAUUCAAAUAUACCAUUAUUUAAAACAGUACCAUUAGAAACUGAUUCAUUAUCAUUUAAAAAAGAAAAAAAAGUUGAAGUUAAUCCACAUCCAAUGGGUAUUUUAAAAGCAAAUUGGAUUCAUAAACAUACAUUUUCAAUACCAUCUGUAGUUUCAUUAUUCCUUCAAUGGCCUGAUGAUAAAAAUAAUUCUAAAGCUCAUGAUCAAAUGUUACAACAAGUUGAUUUAGUUAGAACAAAUAUGAAAAGUAGAAAUAUUAAAUUAAUAGUUAUUAUUGUAACAUCAAUAGUAUUAGAUCAUGAAGAAAAAGUUAACACUAUUAGAAAGAAAGCAGAUAUUGAUCCAAAAUACUUUUUAUUCUUAAAUAAACAAGAUAUAAAACCAUUUGUAAAGAAAUGGGAAAGAUUAGCUUUAGAAUUAUCUGAACAAUAUUAUAAAGAAAUGUGUCAAUAUACAAAAUCACAAAUUGCAAAAUCAAAUCAUCCUUUCCUUUCAAUUCGUUAUAAUUUUAAAAUAGCUUUUUAUUCUGAAUUUUUCAGAGGUGAUAAUUCUACAAGUUUAAAGUAUUAUAGAGAUUGUUAUAAUUUAUUAAAUUAUAAAUCAAAUAAUGAUAGUAGAGGCAUUAGGUUUGCAGAGAUUAGAAGUUUAGCAUCAUUUUUUAAUUUUAAAAUUUGUAAAAUAUCAAUGUUAAAUAGCGAUAUAGCAACCACUACCACCACACCAACAAAUACUACACCAAAUACACCAAAUUCAAUAACGACAAAUCCAUCAAUAUCUAUAACACCUUCAAUACCAAUUUUGGCGACAACAACAUUAACAACAUCUACACCUGGUGGUACAAUUCUAUCACCAACUGGUACACCUGGAAUGAUGCAACAACCAUCAUCACAACAACAACAACAAGCACAAUUUAGUACAUCACCAUUACAAUCACAAUAUCAACCUUCAUAUUUACAACAACAAUCAUUACAACCAUCACAGCCACAACAACAAAUUCAACAAAGUGGAACAGGUUUUUUUUAUCAACAACAACAACAAUCACAACAAUCACAACAAUCACAACAACAAAUAUUAUUACAACAACAACAAAAUCAAUUUGAAAAACAAAUUAAAUUAAUUCAAGAUUCAUUGAAUCAAUUUGAAAAACAUAUUAAAACAUUUAAAAUUUAUAUGGGUCCAGCUGAAAAGGAAUUCACUCAUUGUAUUUGGUUAGCAAGAGAGUAUCAAAUAUUUGCAGAGUUAUUAGAAUUAUGUCCAUCAAUUAUUAGAUCAAAUUUUAAUACAAAUCCUGGUUUUUAUUAUCAAAUUUCUGCAAAACAUCAAGGUAAUCGUAGAGAUAGUUUCAAAGCAUUAUCAAAUCAUUAUAAAGAGAAUGUUAAUGUUUUAGAAUAUCGUGAUAUUAAACCAAAGUUUGAUCUUUCAAAUUUAACAUAUAUUGGUCAACCACCACCAGUUGGUUCACAUCCACUUGAUGAUAAUAAUAAUAAUAAUAAUAAUACCAAUAAUACCAAUAAUAUUAGUAAUAAUAAUAAUACACAAUUACAAACAUAUGAAGAACAAUUAACAAUUGCAGAUGAAAAUGAUUUAUCAAAAUCAAUUGCAAUUGAAUUAUCAUUAAAUUAUACAAAUUUAAUAAUUAAAACAUUGGUUAAAGCAUAUGAUCAAUCAACUGUUAGUGGUAAUCAUCGUAUUUUAUCAUUCAUUGAAUCAUUAAUUGCUUAUGAAUAUUUCAUAUCGAAACAAUAUGAUUUAGCAUUGAAAUAUUAUAAUAAGAAUGCAUUUACAUAUCGUCGUGAGAAAUGGACAACUUUAUUAACUCAUAGUUUAUCAAUGCUUUUGAAAUCUGUACACUAUUUAAAUUUACCAACAAAUUAUAUUGGUUACGCUUUGGAUUAUCUAUCACCAGAAUUAAAUAAUACAGUAGCGGAUAGAGCAAAUAUUCAAAAUACCAUCAUUCAUAUUCUAACUGAUGGUGCUCAAAAAUUGUCACCACCAUUAUCAUUGGAGAAAUCAUUGGAUAUCAAUAUGGAUCAUGUUCAUCCAUUAUUAGAUUGUAGAGUUCAGUUCCCUUCUUCUUUCACUUUUACAAAUUCAACCACAGAAUUUUAUGUUGUAAUUGGGUCACAUUUUCCAAACCCAAUUAGAUUCUCUGCUUUAAAAGUUAUUUUCUCUGAGAAAUCUUAUAAUAAAUCAAUUCAUGAUAAACAACCAAUUCAAUCACCAAUCAAUCAAUCAACAAUUAAAAGAGAUGAUCAUAGCAGACAAGAUUUAAUUUUCCUUCCUGAUGAAUCUAGAUUAUUCACUUUUAAACUUGAAGUAGCAAAAGAGAAAAUGGAAUUAGAAUGUUUAUCAGUAAUUUUAGAAUUGGGUAAUAUUGGUUCACCAACAAAAACUAUAAACUUUGUUUGGAAUGUUCAAGAAUGGGCAAUUAAAUCUGAUGAAACUGAAAUUGAAAAGAAAAUUAAAGAUCCAUCAUCAUUAUUAAUUUCAACAACAACAACACCACCAAUUCAAAACAAAUUAAAAGAUAAAAAUAUUAAAACAACACAACAACAACAACAACAACAACCACCAAAAACUUUAGAGAAAUUAAAUCCAUAUAAAAAGUUUUUAGAAAGAUCAUCAAUUAGAAUACUUGAUCAUGAAUCAUUAAUUCAAAUUAAAUGUAAUCAUAGUUCACCUGCAAUUGUAAAUGAAUUUUAUGAAAUUGAAUUAGAAAUUAUAAAUAAUGAUGCUGAAAUUAAAGGUGGUACAAUUAGAUUUGAAAUUCAACAAUCACAACAAACUACAACUCUACUACAACAGAAUCCACAACAACCAUUACCACAAACUCAACACUCACAUCAUCAUCAUCAACAACAACAACAACAACAACAACAACAAUUACAACAACAACAAUUACAACAACAACAACAACAACAACAAUUACAACAACAACAACAAUCAGUUAAUAUUAUUAAUAUUAAUAAUCAAUCAUGUGAAAAAGGAAUUUAUUUAGAACCAAAUAGAUCAACACCAUUAAGUGAAAUGAAAUUAACAACGAUUAAAGAAACAAAGAGUUUUAAGAAAAUGUUUUAUGUUUAUUCUUCAGUUGUUGAUGAAAAUAAAUUAUUAAUUAGUAUUAGUUAUGAAACUAAAACUGGUGAAAUAUCACAUACAUCAAAGUUAUUUACAAUUCCUGUAGUUGUUGGUUUCAAUACACAAUUCCAAUUCUUUAAUGAACAUUUACAAUUGAUUACUGAUCUCUAUGAUCAAGGUGUACAAACUAGAGAGAAUCUUUUAUUAUUAAGUGAAAUUAAAUCACAAUUACCUUUUAAUAUUAUAAUUGAAAAUACAAAAUUAUCAAUUUCAACUGCUGCUGAAUCUGCAAGAAAUGCAACUUUAUUAUCACCAAAUGUUGCUAAUAAUAAUCCUAAUACUCCAAAUAAUAAUCCAAAUAAUAAUAAUCCAAAUAAUAAUCCAAAUAAUCCAAAUAAUAAUAGUGGUGGUGUAAAUAAUAAUAUUAUAAAUAAUCUUAAUAUGAUUUUAGAUGAUAGCAUUAAUAAUUUACCAGUUGCACAAUUAUUAUCAGAUUCAAAUAAAUUAUUAAAAGAUGUUGAAUUAUCAAAAAAUACAACUUAUAGUGGUUGGUUUAAUUUGAUACCAUUGGUAAUUAGUGAAUCUAUUAGUUUUGGUUCUUUUAUUAUUGAAUGGAGAAGAAAAGGUCAAUCAAGUAAAAUCAUUUCAACAUUACCAAUUCAAUUACCAUAUAUUAGAACAACACCAAAUCCAUUCCUUGCAAAAGUUCAUGUACCUUCUUUUGGUAUAGUCGGUCAACCAUUAACCCAAUCGAUUAUCAUUAAAAAUAAUACAAACUUUUUACAAGAAUUUGAUCUACAAGUUAUUAAUCCACCAAGUUAUGGUAAUUCUGAUAUUCCUUUCUUCUUUUCUGGUGAUAAACAAUCAACUUUCUCAAUUCAUCCCGAUUCUACUCAUGAAAUUAAACAUAUUCUAUUACCUUUAGUUGCUGGUAAAUUAAAUUUACCUCAUUUUAAAAUUAUCUCUAAACGUUUUAACAAAGAAUUAUCAAAAACUAAAAAUACAAAUAAUUUUAUUUUUGUAAAACCAAAUUUAAAUUGGAAUCAAUAG